GGAGACAGAAAAUGAAAGAAUGUGACAAUUCAAGAGGAACGAGCCAAGAGAACCAUCAGCAGUGAACCCACAGGAACCUUUAUACAUUAGUGACAAUUCCUGCAUUAACUGUACGCUGUGUUGUUUUUUGUUCCAUGUUUCUUUUGGAGAAGUGCCUAUUAGAUCACACUCCAUCUGCCUUCCCUGCAGAAACAAAAACAUUGGAUUCUAUUAUAAGUUGCUAUCAGUGAUAUUAUAAAAGUGCAGAACUUAUUCUAUUUCUAUGGAAAAUAUGAAGUAACCUGUCAGGUGGCAAACAGAGGUAUAAAAAAAAAAAACCUUUAAUAGUGAUGUUUUUGAUCAUACAAACAAUAUCGCAGAACACACCAGCUGUAGUUCCAUGAAGGGAAGCUGUAUUCUCUCUUUUUAUUAUUAAACCUUCUAGAGGAUGGUUAGCUAUAAGUUGAAAAUUUUUCCACUGUGGUUUUAAGUGACGGCCUGUUUCCUCCAAAAAAGAACAAGAAGCCAUGAUGUUGAAGUCCAACAUAAUUCCACAGAAUGGAUCUAUAGUGGGACAUGGACUACCUUGUGAUUUCAUGGAUCAGAGUGUAGAAAUGGAACAUGAAACUUGGAAUGCCGUGUCAGAUGACUGCGUGAGGGAAGAAAAUAUCAGCAACAACGAGGCAAAAGAGAGUGAUGGUGAUGAAUUUAUGGAGAUAAGAACAGCUCAUUGGGCUGUAGUUGAAGAAGAACCUGAGGAGUCCACAAACGGUUUCACUGAAAAAGGAGAUAACACAGUUGAUGGGGGAACCAAAGUAGUUGAAGCCACUCUGAGGAUUGAUCCCAUUCCUACUAAGACAAAAGAAAAUGACCUUGAGUGGAAAAUUGUGCCCAGUACCACGGUGGUGUCUACUGUUCAGCAUUCAAGAAAAAUACAUAUCCCAAGAAGCAUCAGCCUUACAGAGAAGGAGCUAAGGGAAGCACAAUCUCUUAGUGAUAACAAUUCUUCUCAACUGAAUCCAACAGGAAGUUGCUCAAGGGGAGCCCAACUUUUUCACCGCCGACGUCAAAAACUUAAAGCUUUUGAGGAACAGAAGCUUGCAAGACAAGCUCAGAUACAGGCCACCAAAAAUCCACAGUAUAACCAAAUUCAGUAUGGUGCAAGGCUUUCAGAGUCUAUGAGAGAAGAAUCUCACUUUGGCUCUGGACAACCAAGACGUUUCAGCAAUAUGGAAGAAAACUCUGUUGACCAUGGGAGCAUAGGAGAAACAGAUGAUGUGUGGCUAGAUGAGAUUAAAGAAGCUGAUUAUCUGCCAAUAGAUAAGCGAGCCCCUUCUCCUAGUGCUUCAGAAGAAAACCCUAAGGAACCUUUAAGUGCCUAUCUGAAGGAAACUCUGGUUGUAACCAAUUCUAGUACAAAUGGUUUGAUCAUUGAAAACAGUCAAGAGACAGAAACACCUGUUAAGAAAGAACAAAAUGGCACUUCAAACACACAGUACUGUGAAGUACAUCUUACUCUGUCCAAACCAGUAUCUGUGGCUAACAGAACAGCCAAGCCGUUUGGAGGCCAGUUACCUGUUAAAAGAAAUGUGUCCUCGUUAGAAAAAAGUCCUACCAUUGACCUCCCUCCCCCACCAACAUAUGCAGAAACCUUAUCAAGUCCUCCACCAGUCAGCCGUGUUCGUUCUCCACCUUCUUAUUCUGCACUAUAUCCCUCUGAGCCUCACCAUGUUAUCCCUGUCCAACAAGUAAUAAACCAUGGAGAGAGAAGACUGACGUCUCAACCAAAAAGUGGCAUCUUAGAGUCCAUUUCAGCACGUAAAGCACCUAGAAAGUCCAUGUUCACUUUCAUUGAAAAGCCAAAGAUGGCCCCUAAUCCUGAACUUUUGUCUAUGGUUCAAAAUUCAGAUGGACGUCAAAAGAACAAGGAGCGUGGAAGUGUGUCAACUGAGGAUGAGUCAUUUGCUCUUGGAGCUGAAGCUUCUAAUUACCAAAAUACUAAGUCACCUAAUGCAACACACAAUACAGAAAGCUCAGAUGUAGUUCCAGACUGGUCGUCUGGUCUUAAGUCUCCUGGUGUAAAAGCAAAGCCACCCCCUAUACCAAUACAUCAAGCUCUAACUGAAGAUAAAGGGAAAGGUGCAGAAUUGUUUGCACGGAGGCAAUCCAGAAUGGAACGCUUUGUGAUUCAAUCUCCUGACACUGUUCGGUCACCUUCUCCUACUAUGUCACUGCCACCUUCUUGGAAGUAUGCUAUGAAUGCUAGAACUCCACCUUCUCCACUUGGUUACCUACCCAAAAACAACCAAAGAUCACCCAUGCUUCCUUCCACUACACAGAUCUCUAAUCCUGCCUCAGAGAGUGUGCAAUCUCAAAAGGAACUCGAAAUAUCUAAACGUCAGCCAUAUCAACUUCAGUCCUCUCUGUUCAUCCUCUCACCAAGCAAAGGUCCCUUGAGCUCACUUCCCAAAGGAGCACCUCCUCCCAAACCCAUGGUGAUUGAAUCUUAUCGGUUAACCAGACAGUCUUCCUGCCCAUCCUCACCUUUGGUUCCUUCUCCCACAGUGUAUUCUCCACCGUACUUCCAGUCACUUCGAUCACCUUCUUCUGUAAUGUCACCACCUCCUGUUGCUGACACUCCCACCAAUUUCGGAAGAAUCACUCCAACCAACCAGGUGUCCCCACUGUCACCAGUUAAUUUUUCAAACACAAGAGUGUCAUCUCCACGAAACAAAACUGUUAUUCAAGCUCCUCGGCCAUCAUUUUCUGCUAAAAACGCAGGAUUAGAGUCACAGAGAUAUAAAGAAUUUGUACCAGGGACUAACAGUAACAGAGUGCUUCAACAUCGAGGAUCAUUGGAUGGAUGGGGUACAUCAUCCCUGCUAAGCUACGAUGAGAGUUCAGUCAUACAGAGUCCUCCACCUCGUUCCAUGUCUCCUGCUUGGAGCGACCGUUCACCAUCCCCAUCACCUGUACGAAUGGAGAAUGAAAUUAAAGGCGGAAAACAGCUGAAAUCUCUUCUUGCCCGAAAUAUCAUCAAUGCAGCAAAGCGCAAGAAUUCUUCAUCUUGCGGCCUUACUAGUCCGCAGUCUCCAAUUCAUAUUACGUCACCUUGGAGCCCACCAAUUCGCAAUGGAUCCUCUCUGCCUGCAACACCCAGAGCCAGACGGUCACCAACUGGUUCAGAUAUUUCAAUGGAAUCAGAGGAUUCUGGAGCAAAAUCUCCAGGAUUUCGGAGCUAUCCAUUCUCACCUAAGGGGUGGUAUGGGAGCAUAAGGGAGAAGAGAGAUAGUCUACCCUCAAGCUCACCCUUUACUUAUACCCCAUAAAUGGUUCUGUCCAGCUCAAGUUCCAUCAGAUACCAAAUCAACCUUCUGGAGCACAGGCAGCUUACCAUGUCCUACACUGCCAAAGACGUUUUUAGAUUUACACUACAAAUAUUUGGGAA